UUCCAAUAACUCACUGGAAUGGAAAGAUGAAUGAUAACAUAACCUUACUAGAAAUUGGUUCAAAAACAAAUAAAAAUUUUCCAUCCAUAUUCAUCAUUGUUACUCAUGCUUUAUAAUAAACUCAGAUAAAAAUUUGAUAAGCUACUUCGUAAUGCAUAAUGAUUAAAAACAGGAACAUGGGAAAAUCUAUAUUAUCUAAUCUCAUUUUUUAACCAACAGUUGCAUGCUUAUAAUUACUGCAUUUCCGUUUUUUCUGAUUAACACACUCAAAAAAUCCCCAUACGGAUCCUAUGAGUAUCAUUCUGAAAUAAGCUUCACUACUUUUUGAGCUCUUUUUGGAAGAAGCAAAACAGAACAUGAACAGUGGUGUUGAUUUCGAACCUGCUAUUGAAGGAACAAUAAUUGAAAAUGAAAAAAAGGAACAAAUAAAAGAGCCUUUGAUGCCGCUCUGGUCAGAGUGUGGCCCACUAAAAAGUUUGGAAGAAUUAGAUAUUGUUAUUGAUACUCCUCCGGCUUGGUUAAGCAACAUAAUUCCUUUGGAAAAACGAGAUGAAACUGUUGUUCAGAAUGUUUUAUCAGAUUGUCAUUCUAAAAUUUCCAACUAUCAGUCAAGACCAAGGUUGGAUGCAAAAUUCGUACCAAAAACUUUGGUGUGUCACGAUUACAAAGGAGGAUACUUAGAAGAUAGGCACCUCAUAGUGGAAUUGGAUACAGGAAAUCAAUACACUUUUUAUAAUUGGUCCCACAUUGAUAUUUUCGUAUACUUCAGUCAUAAUUUUAUUACAAUACCUCCACUCUGUUGGAUCAAUGCUGCUCAUCAAAAAGGAGUUAAGAUUUUAGGAACAUUCAUUACCGAAUGGGAUGAAGGCAUUGCAAUAUGCAAAGACAUUUUUAAAGAUAUGAGUACAAUGCAGAGCCUCAUCAAAAAGUUAUGCAAAAUAACUGAAAUGUUUAAGUUAGAUGGUUGGCUUCUUAAUAUUGAAAAUAAGUUAGAAGACACAACUAUUUUGAAAGAGUUCGUCAAAGAACUAACAGAACAACUGCAUUCGAUUAAUGAUGAAACUCUAGUAAUUUGGUAUGAUAGUAUAUUAGAAAAUGGAAAACUGCUUUGGCAAAAUGAAUUGAAUGAAAAAAAUCUGUGUUUUUUCGAGAGGUGUGACGGUAUUUUCUUGAAUUACGUGUGGACUGAAGAGACACUCCUACAGUCUAUUAAAAUGGCUAAAGAGAGAAGCUUGGAUAUUUACGUUGGUAUUGAUAUCUUCGGGAGAAAUACUUUCGGAGGUGGACAUUUCAAUACAUACAAGGCUGCAGAAGUAAUACGAAGGCAUGGUUUAUCAAUGGCAAUUUUUGCUCCUGGUUGGACCCACGAGUCCAUUGUUCACACUGAAAAGGAUUCAAUAAGUCUGAUGGAACAUUUUUUCAACAAGGAUUGUGCGUUUUGGAACAGUCUUUGGCCGUAUUUGUAUACACAUCCUAUAACGAAAUAUUUCCAAACAUCUUUCUAUAAAGGAGCCGCUUCUAACCGAUUCAGUAUUUCUUUGCAAGAAACGCAACUUUCAAAGAUAGUACAUCCGAAGUACAGUUAUCUGGUUCCAAAUUACGCAGAAAUACCAACCUUGGAAAGAAAAUGUCACUGUAUUAGAUUGGAUUACAAUGAUGAUACCUGUACUUGUUUGAUAAACAAGCAAGGUAUGAGCAGCGAUAUAAUAAUACACAAUCUGUUCAUUUGCAAUAUAGAAGCUAGCGGUGAAGUGAUAGUUUAUUUUAAAAAAAAGUGUAAACCGUUUGGAAUACUUGGCUUGAGGAUACUGACUUGUUUGAAAAAUGGUUCGCGACAUGUUAUAACUUUGAAUGGAAGAAAGAAAGAGAAACUAAUACAAAACUGCUCCGUAACUCAGGUCAAUCCACUUUCUGAAGAAACUGACUUAUUUAAAAUUUUCAAGAAACAGCAACAAGUAGUCGAAGGAGAUUCAGAGAUUAUGGUGUAUACUUUCAGUAUUGGACCGUCCUAUAUACUAGAAAUAGGUGCAAUUCUAGAAGAGGGUGAUGCAGUGUGUCUUGAGAGUUUUGGUAUUGAACCAUCUGGUGAAAAAAAUAUUGUCUUAAAUAAAGAAUUGGUGUAAGCCUGAUGACUUCAAUAAAGUUUGAUAUCAUCGUAACGUUAA